CAAGUGCCCCCUCCGCUCACCGAGAGCGAAAAUUCACCAAGAAGCCAGCCACAUCGAGACCUCGCACCCUCGAAGGCCUCCAGCAGUCUCCACUGAGCAAAUAAACGAGUGAAGCGCACAUGCUGCACCAGCACCAUUACCAUGGAGGAGUGGCUAGCCUUCACUGCCUCUCGUAUCCGGACCAGGCAUUCCACGCUCACUACCACAGCAACAUGAUCGCCGUGCCGCCCACUCCAUUAUUCCACCCUCCUCCUCCUACCUUUGAACCUCCUAUCCACGAAGCACCGGCUGUCGCCGCCGCCGGCAACAGCCCAGCCGGCUCCGGCAGCAGCACCGAUGACGCUUACGGCGGCCGCACGGCAAUGGCGGAGGCUGAGCGGAGGCGGCGGAGGAUGGUCUCCAACCGGGAGUCGGCCAGGAGGUCACGCAUGCGCAAGCAGCGGCAGCUCACCGAGCUGUGCGCGCAGGUCGUCCACCUCCGCGGUGCCAACCGCCGCCGCCUCGACGAGCUGAACCGCGCACUGAGGGGCUGCAGUGACAUGUGCUGCGAGAACGCCCGGCUCCAGAAAGAGAAGACCGAUCUCAGUACCAAGCUCGAGCGCCUCACCCAGGCGCAGAACGCCGCCACGCCAAGCUCCUCCUCGGAGCCGCAACAUGACACAUUGACACUGCUACUGAAUAAAUUCAAUCUUAUCUUCCCGUUUUAGCUACGAUGCUUGUUACUGUAGUAUACCAAAUAAAAUAUGUCUUGAGGUGGUGUCUCGGCUUUUUUUUUUGCCUCCUAUAUGCAUGUCUACGGGUAUAUUCUAACUACCUAUUAUUGACAUCUUUUUGUAUAUAAAGGUGGCCAAGGUAAAUUUUGAUCAA